AUUUCAACCCCAUUGGCUUUACCACUGUAUUACGUGUUUACCAUGGUAUAUACUGACACACCAAAAUCCUCUUCCGACCCUCCUCAGUAUGCGGAGAAGUCAAGUAUCAGCAGCGACGAGCCCACCGAAGAAGAAUCUCUUCUUCAGAUGAUGGGGAACCACACUACCCGUCGUUCUCAGAAAAAGCGUUCCUGUGGUUUCAGUUUUGAUCUGAAGCAUUGGAUAGUUGCCAACAUUCUCUUGACAAUGAUCAACUUGGCCUUCGUGGUUGGCCUGACUGUCCUCUGGCAGAAGGGGCGGCUAUUUAGCCAGUCACCUCGCAUGUCAUCCACAGUCGCUUUGCUGCCGCCAUCGCCGGCGACGGAUGCUGUUGAAAAGGAGCUUCGCCCCUUCAGCUUGGUAUCGCCAUAUAACGCACAUCCCGGGCCCGAAACUGACAAGCUGUGGCACAACCUUGUUAACACCGGAGCCAUGUUCCCUCUAAGCGAGGAGCAAUUUUCAGAGGUGAAUGACAGUCCCAGCACUGGUGUUAAAUUUACCCACGACCCUCAAGGCCGUUAUCUUGGUACUUUGGCAUCCACUCACCAAAUUCACUGCGUUGAUUCUCUACGUAAGGGUCUUUGGUUCCAUUACAAGCAUUACAAAGCCCUAAAUGACCCUCUCUUUAUUGAUAAGGAUCCGCCUGAGAAGCAUCUGAUGCACUGCGUAGAAAUGCUUCGCAAUGCCGUCAUGUGUUUCGGCGAUGUCUCAGUUAUCACGUACAAUUGGAAACGGGGGCACCCUGGACCCAAGGCUAGUUUUAAGAGCAUGCACGCUUGUCAGAAAUGGCAUAAGAUUGAGGAAUGGCGUAUAGCUCAUAACGUCACGGAGCAUAUCAAGACCCUGGAGCGGCCUGUUGGAAUUUUGGAUGGCCCUAUUGAAGAAGACGAUACGGCCUUGGGAGGUGGUGGCGGUGCUCCCAAGAGUCCUGGUUCUGGUGGUGAUGAUGAUGAUGCAUACUAGGCAACAUUACAGCUAUGAAGUCAAAAUAUGAGGCAGAUAUGGCGCAGGAGUCCGGGAAGGGCGAAUGGACGUUGAGGUAUGCCGGCAAGGAGGAAACAAUUGUGUCAAGUCAAUCUACAUAGAAGGAGGUAGUUAGGCAUUUGACAAGUAGGUACAUUCAUUUCUACCUAAGAUAAAAAUUUAAUGAUUUCCCUUGCG